CCUGAAGAGACGGCAGCAGUAUUAGUAAAGUAUGGCUUCAAUUUAGAAUACAGGGGCCUAACAAAAGUCAAGGGGAAGGCACCGAUGAAAACAUUUUUUCUACAGCCAUGGAAAGAAAGC